UGUGGUCAUGUCAUAUUCACAAAAUAUGUCUGGGUAAUAGUCUAUUUCUCCCGUGAUUCCAGGCAUACGCACCCAACAGUCCAUUUCGUUAUUGCUUAUCACUGCCCAAAAGUUCCAAGAAGUGAUGAAGUCAGUCUCAUUUGGCAUACAUCUACUUUUUCAGAAGGAAACAAAGCAGAGAAAAAAUUCCGAGAGAAAUUCAUAGCUAGUAACCACUCUCACUUUUAUUUUAGUUUCCAUAACUGAAAUUGCUGGACUUGAGAGCAAUUUUUCCUUGCUCAACAGAAUUAGGUGAGAUGGGGAAUCAAUUUAAUAUAUAUUUAAUGAGCAUCUACAGUGUCAUGGGGCAAAAAAAUAGCAACUUACAAUAUUAAUUUCUAUAGGCAGCCCCCAAAUUUGAAUCAUUUCCUGAAAAAUUACUUCUGCUUUUGUCAAGUUUCCUGCUAGCAGUUUAGAGAUUGGGCUGUUUCCUCACUGAUACAUAUCCCUUCACACUUCUAUAAUUUAACUCUCUCAACUGCAUGUGAAAGAUCUUAGCUGAAGAUGACUGACAGUGUUAUUUAUUCCAUGUUAGAGUUGCCUACGGCAACCCAAGCCCAGAAUGACUACGGACCACAGCAAAAAUCUUCCUCUUCCAGGCCUUCUUGUUCUUGCCUUGUGGCAAUAGCUUUGGGGCUUCUGACUGCAGUUCUUCUGAGUGUGCUGCUAUACCAGUGGAUCCUGUGCCAGGGCUCCAACUACUCCACUUGUGCCAGCUGUCCUAGCUGCCCAGACCGCUGGAUGAAAUAUGGUAACCAUUGUUAUUAUUUCUCAGUGGAGAAAAAGGACUGGGAUUCUAGUCUGGAAUUCUGCCUAGCGAGAGACUCACACCUCCUUGUGAUAACAGACAAUCAGGAAAUGAGCCUGCUCCAAGUUUUCCUCAGUGAGGCCUUUUGCUGGAUUGGUCUGAGGAACAAUUCUGGCUGGAGGUGGGAAGACGGAUCACCUCUAAACUUCUCAAGGAUUUCUUCUAAUAGCUUUGUGCAGACAUGCGGUGCCAUCAACAAAAAUGGUCUUCAAGCCUCAAGCUGUGAAGUUCCUUUACAGUGGGUGUGUAAGAAGGAAACAGGCGUACAUCAGGGGCUCUUCUUGUGCUGCAAAUGAAGUUGAUGGAAUUACACUAUGAUACGACUGACUCCCCUGGCAUGGCCCUUCUUGAUUCCUGAGGCUGCCGGGAACUCACCGAGGAUGCCGAGAGCUCAGCAUCAGGCUUCAUGAGCAGCACGCUUUGGUCCACAGCACGGAGGGC